AUGAACACUGCAUUUUCUGAGACAUCGCAGCAGUCCGUCAUCAAUACCGGCAUUUACCAUGGACUGGUGCGGGUCAGGCUAACCUUCGAGGAGAAGAUCGAGAACGAGGCAUUGCAGAUGACAAAUCGCACACAACGACCACAGGUAUUCGACAUGGGGAGCGCUGGGGGCGCAUUUCCAAGGAGACUGAAGCAUGGAAGACAGCUGCAACAUUUCGCCGAGAAACUAAGGCGAUGCAAACGGUCAGCCGAUGCGGUAACAUCAAGCAGCGGGAAAGAAUGGAUUUCAAAAGAGAUGAAGGGUUCUCCUAGAUACGAAGGAGGGUGA